AUGGCGAGUGCAGCAGGAAUUAUCAACCAUCGGCGUACCAUUCGGCAGGCUAGUUUAAAAUCAGCAGCCAGCGCUAUGGAUAUUUUGAUGAGCAUGGGAUUUCCGAAACACAGGGUUGAGAAAGCAUUAGCAGCUACCGGGCACCAGGAUAUUCAGCUUGCGUCAGACUGGCUUCUUGAUCAUGUUGAUGACCCAAUGCUGGACGAGCCAUCACCGAGGGAGUAUGUCCUUUAUGCAUGUCCUGUCGGACCUCUUGGUGAAGAACUCGAUGAAUUCUGGACGAAGUCUCUUCAGCAUUGCGGGAGAAACGGAGCCCACAGUCUCCUGCCUCAUGUUACGUUGUGCUCAUUCUUUACCUGUGUAGACAGCAAUGUAGAGAUGUUAACGGCAGCUUUACAACAAGCCAUGGAGGAGCUUGAACAAACAGCUCCAGAGACGGUCACACUAGAACAUUACUCAUCGGCAAACUUCAUCGGGCUGUUUAUUGAGGAAACACACGCUGACUACAUGCGUAGAUUGACGGCGCAGUUCGCCACUGAGGCACUUAGAAAAGCAGGGGUGAAAGUUGACCCACACAAGAAGCAGCUUCACAUGACCUUAGCGUAUCAGUUUAAUACCUCACAUCACGACGUCUUAGAGAAACUGUCUAAGGAAGUAAGCAUCAACGCCGCAGCGAGAUGGGAACUCAGGCUGUAUUCACGAGACCCACGAGCUGCUAAGACAGAGGUUUUAAGGGUCCUUUACUCACACACACCGCGCGCAGAAGACGAACUGGAACUCAUUCCCGACGACUACAUCUUUAUGUCGGGUACAGACGCCAGAGGGAGUAAUGAUGGCUGGUAUAAGGGUACAUCCCACCAGACGGGUUUGAACGGAAUGUUUCCGGGUAAUUACACAGAAAAGGCACCGGAGUCAGACACAUGGACGGUACACAGAGUUAUUCCCCUCACAAAAUCCCUGAGCGCUAAUCAAGUCUUGAUCAACCUUGAUGACAAAGUUCCCAGUCCGCCCGCCCCUCCUGGAGCAGACGAACAUCGGUCCAGUCAGUACAAAUCACCAGAGGGACUCUUAAAACAGUCUCAGGAGGAGGAGUCCAAAUAUGCAAAUCUCUUCAAGUUGACCAAGACGCCGGCGCGAUCGAACAGCAUUCCCCUUGCCACAACGACGACGGAUCUUCACAAACAGCCAAGGCGUCUCUUUGUGAUUCGACAUGCAGAGAGAGUAGAUAUUACAUUCGGCCAGCAGUGGUUGCAGUACUCAUUUGAUACCGAGGGUAACUACCUCAAGAAAAAUAUAAACAUGCCAAAGAAAGUUCCGUUGCGUGCCGGAGGUCCGCCCUGUUUCAACAAGGACUCGCCUAUCACUGAGGUGGGACAAUUCCAGGCAAGGUUAACCGGCGAAAGUAUGAGGGAAAAUGGAAUAAAAAUAACUCACGUUUAUUCUUCACCCGCCCUGAGAUGUGUUCAGACGGCGCAGGCUAUCUUGCAAGGUCUGAAUUCUCCUGACUGUCAUAAGAUACGCAUCGAUACAUCUCUCUUUGAGUGGCUCGCUUGGUGUAAAGGCAUCCUCCCGAAAUGGCUGACACAUUCUGAGCUGACGGCGUUUGGUCUAAACGUUGACACUAACUAUAAGGAGCUGAUCUCAGCGAGUGAUCUCAAUCUACAGGAGAACUGUCAAUCUUACUAUAAGAGAGGAGAUGCAUUGUUGAGACGGGAGAUUAAGGAACAUCCAGAAGGUGAUAUUCUGAUUGUGGGUCAUGCCAGUAGUUUGGAUGGUUGCACACGGUAUCUACAGGGCCUAUCAGCGAGGCCUGCGUUAGAGUUCUCAAAGAUUGUACAGAAGGUUCCGUAUUGUGGGGCCAUCGCUCUUCAAGAAUAUAUCGACUUUGGAAUAUGGGACCUUAUAACUCCUCCGUUUCCCACACUUACUCAUGCACCAAAUGGGCGAUUUGACUGGCACAUUAUGCAAGGGUAACUCUACCACCCCCACUGACUGUACUCAAGAGAAUCAAGAGAAUUACAUGCUUGGAUCUGGCUGCCUAGUCAUGUAAGCUUAACUCUCUACUGGACCUUAAAGACAGUGUACACUAUUGGUAGGUGCUCAAAAUAAUUGUUAGCAUACAAACUUACUUGUUAGGGAUCAAU